UAAAACUGCCAUCUCUACCCGUAGUCAUGACUUAAAAAUGAGUUGGGUAGAUAUUGUGGGACAUUGUUUCAGGAAAACGACCCUAAUUCGGAAGGAGGUUGUAAAAUGUUUGGUUAGUAUAUGAGCGACACGUAGGCUCACACAUUGUUCGCUCGCUCUCACCAUUGUGCCCCGACUCAGGGAAGUGUCAAUUAGGGCUCAUCUGCCGACUUUCUCGCUCUCAACACUCAUCACAAUUCACAAAUCACAACUACAAAGAGAAGAGAAUGGCAAGAUCUAAGGGGAAAAAGGUACGUUAUAAUAAGGAACAUAUUUUGAGUGAGCCGCCUUCCACAGAUAUAAUCAGUGAGCUGCCUGGGCACCUACGAGAAACUAUUGUAGGUUUUCUGCCACUUGAGGAUGCAGUGAGAACCAGUAUUUUGUCAAGAAAAUGGAGGUAUUGCUGGACUAUGAUUCCAAAUCUAAUCUUUGAAGAUACAUUCGUUGAUAGAAUCAUGGAUAAAUUAUUUGAAUAUGAUGAUCCAGAACUGAAGGCAUUUAAACUCGUUAGUGUGAUAAAUAAAAUUCUCCUACUCCACAAUGGUCCAAUUGUUAAAUUCUCCUGCAAUUUUGAUGAAGGAUUUCGUGAUUCUCGAAUAUUUCAUGAUUAUAUGGAUCAAUGGAUUCCCUUAUUAUUAAGGAAGGGUACCAAGCAACUUGUUCUAGAGCACAAAGAGGUGGGAGAAUUUAAAACCUUACAGAAUUUUCUUUCAUCGCAGACCCAGACAAAAAGGUCCAAUGUGGACCACGUUCUUGGUAGCUUAUCAAACAUUGAGAAAUUCUCUGUAGCCAUGGAAUUUAUGCAGUAUUUGGCUGCAGGACGUCGCCUGAAAACUCUUUCCAAACCACUGCUAUGCCUAAAAACUCUAAAUAUAUCUGAUAUAUAUCUUAAUAAAUUGUCUGAGGUUUCUUGUUUGAUAUGUUUGAUUCGGAGUGCUCCCAACUUGUGCCAACUAAAUAUCUCGGCUAAGUAUGUCGCUAAAGGGGAUUUCAAGAAAUAUCAGAUGAAAGAUUUUGAAGAAUGUACUAUGGAUCAUCUCGAAAUUGUCACAUUCAGCUACUUCGAAGGUUUCAGAGCUGAGAUGAAGCUCGUCAAGUUUUUACUUGCCUGCUCUCCGUUGCUGAAAAAAAUGUCCAUCCACAGCCAUGAAGACUUGGAAAAGGAUGUAGCAUUAAUGAUGUUUAAAGAAAUUCUGCAAUACCCUACAGCAUCUUCAAGAGUACAGAUUCAACACACAACUCCUGCUGAAAUAGAUGUUUAGCUUAUUGUUAACCUGUUCUUCAGUUUUUGGCUCAUGCUUGUUUGUGCCAUAUAUGAAAACUUCUGUUUCAUAUGCAUCUUUCGAAGUUAGAUAUCCUUUCUACCCUUUUUUAGUAAUACUAUAUUUCAGUUGAUUAU